AUGCCACUGAAAGCGUCUCAGGUUCUCGAAUCUUCCAGUAUUCACUCACAUGUACAGCUGCUCAGAAGUAAUAUGAGGUUGAAACGAGGAAGAGGGCCUGUGACUCCUGUAUCACUCGCAAAAUUCGCUGUGAUGGAGCUUGGCCUUGCAAGACAUGCGCAACGUCAGCACGACGCUUGCGAUGUACAUAUGAUAAACCAGCUCAGAAAAGAGGCCCUAAGCCAUCAAGCCAAUGGUGGACAUUGUGGCAACACACCGGCUGUGAGCAAUGAAAUCGCAAAACUGCAACAUGAACAGCGUGACUUUAAGCAAAGCAUACAGCAAGUUUCUGCGCCGGAACCGGAUUCUCUUGGCUCUCAGAUUACCCCUUCUCUUCAAUUGAAAAAUGCUCUUUCUCGUGCCAUAAAAGAGUAUCAAAGCCAGUCUUACGGUGUCUGGCCGAUCAUUCGCUCCGAUGUAUUGCUGCAACAACUAUCGAUGCCUCUCUUUGAGGAACCUUCGUUGUUGACGGGUCAUACUUAUCAAAAGAAUGCAUCCGCAUCAGAGAGCAGUAUCAGUAUCGAGAACAUCUGGAUAUACGCUGGGGCCUGGCUUCGUUCUUUCUUCAUGUCUAUCAUGCAAAGGUUAUUGGGUCUUGACAAACACGGCCAGUCUUUACAAGAAUCCGCUGCGGGGAUGGUGGUGGACAAUAGCGAAAUCGUCUUUCCAUUACUGUGGGUCACAGAAAGGGGUUAUAGUAUGCAUCUAGGGCUAACGCCCUCAUUUUCUUACAACUCGCCUCUUCAACUUAUAAGUCCAACUAACGAAAAUGCACACGUGAAGGGAAUGGUUGCGCUUGCAAGGCUCUUCGUUACAUUUGAUCAAUGUGUCAAUGAUUAUAACUCCCAGAACACACUAGUAGAGUGCGAGCGAUUGCUCCGUGAAUCUGAAGUUUACUCAGGCGUCAAUGCGACCCGGCUAGCAGACCUUUCGAUUACAAGAGAAUGGAUGAGAACUAUGAUUUGGCAGAAUGCGCUUUCGGCUGGAUAUCUGUCAUUCGAUUCUGCAGCAACUUCUCUGAGGUUCGAUUUUCCGAUUCUUACAGGCCGAGAUCUGUUGGCUGCUUUGCGCGGUUUCACCUCGGAAGACUUGUUACCAUUGGGUCGUGAUCAGCUCUUAAAAUGCUACGAAGUAGCCAACACUCUGGCAGAUACACUACUUUGCAAUCCUGCUCUUGUAGAGCAAUCUACCUUGCAAUUCGGUCCUUACGACUUUUUACAUGGCUUAUACCAGAAGAUACUACCUUUUUUACAUUCAGAUGAUACUCUGAACUCUAUUCUUCGAGAGAAGACUGCAGAGACAUUGUUACGUGCUCCCUCACGCUUUCGACCCCUCAGUCUACCUCCAUCGGAAGAUGUUAUGAGCACACAAGUGGACCCAAACACUAUAAAAGAACCAGGCUAUGAUGGGCAAGAAGUCAUCAAAAUGAUGAAUGGUUGA